AUGUGCCGGGCAGCCAGCCGCCAUCAUGUCGUCCUUUGGCCCCUCGUCCUUCUUGCUCGACGAUUACUUGGAGAAGCUGCCAGGCGCAACGUUUCGAAAGCUGUACCAGCAGCCUUCCACCGCCUUUGCUAUCUUUCGGCGCAUGCUUCCACCUUUAGGUACACGCCUCCCCCUUCUCUCCGGACCACCGUGACUAACGGACACGCGCCUACAGCAAAGGUAUAUGUUCAGGCCCUGCUAUACAGUCCGACCCCCCUUACGACAAAUGAUAUCGAGCUCUGGACGCGACCAGAAGGCAAAGGCACGAGCAAUAGAGCGAUCGCGAGGCUGCGCUCACUACACAUCGCCCAGUUAUCACAGUCGACCAGGGCCAAGAAAGCACAAGAUAUUCAACUCACAGCCAACUUCAAAAAAUCUCUACGACUCGCCCUCGAGGGCGGCGGAUCACACAACAGCUUCGGCGUACCAAGCACAUUACCUACCGACCCAAAGAUACACAUCCAAUAUCUCGACCAAUGGGCCGGGAGAAUAUGGCAAGACAUCCUUUACUACGUCGUCAACAGCGUCCCCAUGAAAGCCAACGAGUCCGGCGGCCGACACGGCUCCGGAGGCGGCGGCCCAAAACGAGCAGUCCGCGAACUCCUCAAAAUGGGCGGUCUCGUCCGCGAAGGCGCCGGCGGUCUCGUCCAAAUCAGCGAGCAUGGCUUCAACUUCCUCCUCCAAGAAGCCAACGCCCAAGUCUGGACCCUCCUCCUCCUCUGGCUCGAAGCCGCCGACCGCAACAAAGCCCUCGCCAAAGAGCAAGGCACCGACAUAACAGGAACAGCCAUCGACAAUGUCGAAAUGCUCUCCUUUCUCUUCAUGCUCGCCUCCCUCGAGCUCGGCCGCGCAUACGACACUUCUGCUUUGACCGAAACCCGAAAGAACAUGCUCCCCGCACUGGCUGACUUUGGCCUGAUAUACAUCGACCGUGACAGACCACAGCAAUACUACCCAACCCGAUUAGCCACCACUCUUACCUCCUUAUCAACCAUGAGGUCAGUAUCAGCCAGCAUCGAUGCCGCCACGAAGAAAACCCCCGGUGACGCGGGCAGUCUGGGAGCAGACUCCACCCCAACAGCACCGGCGGAUGAAAACGGCGGGAUUGUAGUUGAAACAAACUAUCGUAUCUAUGCUUACACCUCCUCCCCUUUGCAAAUCGCCAUCCUCAAGCUGUUCUGCCGGCUACACAUGCGGUUUCCAAACAUGGUCACCGCCAGAUUGACGAGAGAAUCAGUCCAGGAAGCCAUCAAGGAAGGGAUCACGGCGAACCAAAUCAUUGACUACCUUGUCGCGCAUGCACACCCACAAAUGAGGCGCGCCGCCGCGGCGAGGGGCACGACGGUAAUCCCGCCGACGGUGAUGGAUCAGAUCCGACUGUGGCAGCUGGAGAGUCAGAGGAUGCAAAAGACGCCAGGGUUCCAGUUCAAAGACUUCGAGAGCGUGGAGGAGUACAGGCAGCUGGCGGAGUACGCGACCGAGAUAGGGGUCUUGGUUUGGAAGGAUGAUCGGAAAGGCACGUUUUUCGUCAGCAAGGUGGAGCAGAUUAGGGAAUUCUUGAAGGCAAGGAAGAAGGGGAAUUAG